AGCCAUCAGUCGAUCGUAACUGUGCUCCAAGGCGGGAGCUGCUGGAACCGAACGGAGAACGGAGAAUUACAUUAUUGCAUAGCCGCCCAAAAGCGCAGAUCACUUCUUUCCUCUGUUGUUCAUAUUUUUUUCCGUGCUUUUUCGAGACUCUUUGUUUUUCUGUGUUUCUGUGUUUUGUGGCCAAGGCUUGCAACUUUUGCCGGUUUCGCUCCCCAAUAUUAAUUUGGUGUAAAUAUACCACUCGCUGCCCAAAUCACGUAAAAUGAGGCUGGUCUGCGGCAAGAAGCUCUUUCUGUGGCUGCUCCUGGCGGCCCUGAUGGUCACGGCUCUGACCUUGGGCCUGGUCUUUGGUCUCCGGAAUCGGAACUCGAGCUACAUCAGCGGCGCCGUCGUGUCCAAUGGCAUUGGGUGUGCAGCGGUGGGAGGAGAUGUCCUGACCGAUGGCGGUUCCGCCGUGGAUGCCUCGAUUGCAACGCUCCUCUGCGAGGGCUUGCUGCUCCCGCACUCCAUGGGAAUCGGAGGCGGCUUUGUGGCCACCAUCUACACGAGGAGAACCCGAAAAGUGGAGACUCUGAUUGCCAGGGAAUCCGCUCCGGCGGCGGCGCACAAGGAUAUGUUUAUCGGCCAGUCGGAGAUCACGGGUGCGACGGCGGGAGCGGUGCCAGGUGAGAUUCUCGGCUACUGGGAGAUGCAUCGGAAGUACGGAAUCCUCCCAUGGAAGCGACUCUUCCAGCCGGCCAUCAAAUUGGCCCGCGAGGGUCACGUUGUCUCCCGCUACUUGGCCUCGGCCAUCCAACAAAAGUUGGAGAACAUCCGAGCGGAUCCGGGACUGUCUUCGGUGUUCCUCAACGAGAACCAAGAGCCCUUCGUCGAGGGCGACUACAUGAAGCGUCCGGCACUGGCGGACACGCUGGAGAGGAUCGCCGAGAAUGGAGCCAAGGAGAUCUACGAUGGCGGCGAGACGGGUCGCAAGUUCGUUGAGGAUAUCCAAAAAAUGGGUGGAAUCAUCACGGAGCAGGAUCUUCGGGACUUCAAGGUGCGCUGGGACAGCGAUGGCCAUGUGGCAGCCAACGUGAGUGGCAGCUACACCCUGUACUCCACACCGAUGCCCAGCAGUGGGCCCGUUUUGGCCUUCAUCCUGAACCUGAUGGCCGAGCUGAACACGGAGAACGAGCAGAUCUACUGGCAGCGCGCCGUGGAGGCCUUCAAGCACGCCUAUGGGCAGCGAACCCAUCUGGGCGAUCUCUACGAGGAUCCGGUGAGCGGUGAGGCCAUCAAUGCCACGCUGGAGAAGAUGCUCCAGCCGGAGUUCCUCGACAGCAUCCGGCAGCUCAUCCACGACGACAGCACCUCGCAGGAUUACCUCUACUACGGCGCCAAUUUCACCGUGGAGGAGGACCACGGCACCGCCCACAUGAACGUCCUGGCCACCAACGGCGACGCCGUCUCCAUCACCAGCACCAUCAACAACUAUUUUGGCGCCAAGGUGGCCUCAACGCAGACGGGGAUCAUCCUGAACGACGAGAUGGACGACUUCUCCACGCCGGGCGUGGUGAAUGGCUUCGGGUUGCCCGCCUCGCCGGCCAAUUACAUUUAUCCGGGCAAGCGACCCAUGUCCUCGAUGAGCCCGGCCAUAAUUGUGGACCAGGACGGCAACGUGCGACUGCUGGUCGGAGCAGCAGGUGGCACUCGCAUCACAACGAGUGUGGCAGCUGUGAUCCUGAAGUACCUGCUUCGUGGCGAGUCCCUCACCGCUGCGGUGAACAAUGGCCGUUUGCACCACCAGUUGGCUCCGAUGCGUGUGAGCUACGAACAGGAAGUGGACAGCAGUAUUACCGACUUCCUCGGCCAGGUGGGUCAUGAACUCUACGAGGAGCCGGCGGGAUCCAGUUUCGCUGCGGUGACCGCCAUUGGAGCUCUGGAGCAGCCCGAACCCUUCUACGAUCGACGUCGCAUCGGCAGCUCCCUCACUGUGGCCAGAGCCAACAAGAUGCAGCAUUAGGAUUCGUUCCCUUGCGUUGCGUUUCCGUUUUUGUUUCGAUCCCGUUUCGGGAUUCCGUGAUUUUAUUUAUUACAACCUAGUCCGUAAGUCGCAAGAGAAAGCCCUGUAAAUAACUGUAAACAGUAUUUCGAAUAGAGAGUGUCUUCGAAAAUUCUUUUUAUGUAAAUAACAGGCUGUGAAUGCCCAAAUAGCCAAAUAAAUGAAUUGGAUUUUAAUACUGUA